CCAGAGGCUCUCUCUCCCUCCCAUUCCUUCUUUUCUUUUUCCGUCUUCUGAUCCUCUCCCCACAAGUCUUAACUUUCCCUUAUUCUUCCGGCUAAAUGGCAAGGGGACCAUCACCAAACGGAAAACCAGCACCUAAACAUGCAGGAUCCAAACCAGAGGCUCUCGAGCAUGAGACGGUUUUGAAAUUCUCCAAUCUGUGUCCGUGUGAACGCUGCAAGAGGGACGUCGAAGAGACCUUAACAAAAAUAGAAGGUGUUAAUACUGUGCAUAUUGAUUUUGACAAGAACAAGGUUACGGUAAAAGGGAACGUUGUUUCAAAGACUUUGAUCGAGGAAUUGAAAAGGAAGACAAGGAAAGAUGCAGUGUUCUGGCCUGAAGAAGCCGAUCAAAAAGAGGAAAAGCAAGGAAAAGGGAAGAGCAGACCGAAAAGCAGCAGCAAAAAUCGUAACAUUACCACGGGCGGACCAUCACCAAAGGGGAAACGAGAACCUAGACCUGCAGAAUCCAAACCAGAGCCUCUCAAGGACAAGAAAUGGGUUUUGAAAGUCCCCCUUCACUGUGAAAUAGGCUGUCCGAACGAUGUCGAAAAGGCCUUAAAAAAAAUAAAAGGCGUUCAUACUGUGAAUAUUGUUUUUAAGGAGCAAAAAGUGACGGUGGUAGGAAACGUUGAUUUGGAGACUUUGAAGGAGAAAUUGAAAAAUAAAUUACGGAAACACGCAGAGUUGUGGCCUCGCAAUCAAAAGAGAGUCCGUUUUAUUGUACCGGUGUCUAAUUUAUGGCGAUAAUUUGGGUUACUUUGAGUUCUCGUUUGGACGACGUGUGGGUGGACCGUCGGGUGUGGCCCACGGACUAAGGUGUCAGGGUUCCACCGAAGGAUUUAGAUUGAGUCAAUCACAACAAGCUACGUAAGUAAUAUUAAUUCGUAGUGUGUAUCGUUUUAAUUUAAAAAAAAAAAUGUUAUAUGAGUAGUUUUUUUAUAUUAUUUUUUAUAUAAAAUUUAUAUAUUAUU